UGGCUAUGGGAGCUGUGGCAGAGUUCCUUGGUGUCGUUCUUAUGGGUGGUGGUGUUGCUCGUGCUGUUAAGGAAGGCUUCGUUGUCUUGGAUCUUUAUGCCGAUACUCCUAUCUUUCUCUCCCUUGGCAUGUUUGCUACACUCGCUGCUGCUGCUCUCUGGCUCCUCGUCUCUACCUACGCUCAACUGCCGGUCUCUACCACACACUCGGUUGUUGGUGGUCUUGUUGGUUUCGCUUUGCUCACAAAGGGCUCCAUCGCUCUCAAGGCUGGCUUCUUUUCAAACGUCGCCCUCUCUUGGGUCCUCUCGCCGGCUCUAGGCGCCGCUGCCUCCUUUGCCAUCUUGAAGAUCAUCAACAGCCUCAUCUUUGACGCUGGUGAUCGUGGUGCUACUCUUCGUGCCCGCCGCUAUCUUCCGCCUAUCAACGCUGCUACUGCGUGGAUCAUGGCUUUGUUUAUUGCCUACAAGGGCUUGCCAAACCUCGGCUACUACCUGUCGUCCGCUCAGGCGCUCGGCGCAUCGGCACUGAUCGCUGCUGCCGUCUGGGCCCUCUCGCUCAUCGGUGUGCUUCCGGCUGGGAGAGGCAACGGCUUGGGCAAGACGGUCUCGGCCUCGCUGCCCAUCACGCUGGACGGAUCGGCGCAUGGUGCGGCCGAGAACGCUUUUGUGCCGCUGCUUGUUGUCACCGCCCUGCUUGUCGCAUUCGCGCACGGCUCCAAUGACGUCUCCAACGGCGUCGGCUGUCUCCUUGUCAUGCGCGAGGUUGCCGAGCACGGCCGUCUUCUCACUGCCGCCGACGUCUCACCUCCCAUUCCGUCGUGGAUCAUGGUCAUGGGCGGGCUCUCGAUCUCGGCUGGCCUGCUUGCGCUCGGAGCGCGGGUCAUGGCCACCAUGGGCUCGCGGAUCACCAAGCUCACGCCGUCGCGCGGCUUUGCAGCGCAGUUGGCCACCUCGACAACCGUUCUUCUUGCCACCGCCCUCAACAUGCCGGUCUCGUCGACCCACACCAUGGUGGGCGCGGUGACCGGCCUCGCCCUCGCCUCGCGUGGCUCGGCGGCUGACAUCAACUACGGCACCAUCAAGAAGAUCGUUGUCUCGUGGGUCAUCACACUUCCUAUCGGCGCCGUCACAACUUUGGUCAUCUUUUAUCUGCUCAAGGCUCUCUUUUACACCUCGGGCUGA